UUGCAUUUUCACCGAGUCAAACCUACACUACACUACACUACACGGACGCCAAAUCCAAAUCCCUCUUCUCCAAAUUUCACUUUCAAUUCCGGGAAUUCGUUUUCAUUUUCCUCCCGUGUGGAUAGAGAGAGAGAGAGAGAGAGAGAGAGAGAGACCCUCACAAAUCACUCUUUCAGGGAAUUUCAGAACAAUUUCUCAUCUUCUAGGCUCCCCAGGUACUCAUAAUUCUUAUUUAUUUUUGAUUCUUUGUUGCUUAUGUUUUGGAUUCCCAAACUUAAAUUGCUCCACAAAAUAGGAAAACUUUGUGAAUUGGGAUUUAGGUUUUAGUUUCAGUUUCAGUUUCUAUUCUAGUCAUUGUUUUUGAAUUUCGAUUAUGGUUUUGGUUUAGGUUUAGGGCUUGGUGUUGUUGUUAGAGUUUUUUUUUUUCUGAAUUGAAUAGAGGGAGAGAGGGAGGGGGGGUUAGGUUAGGUAUGACGGGUCGGUCACAGCGGUGUAAGAGUACGGACCCACCGGACGAUUGGGUUGACGAGUCAUGGACUGUAGAUUGUGUGUGUGGUGUCAAUUUCGACGAUGGGGAGGAGAUGGUGAAUUGUGAUGAGUGUGGCGUGUGGGUGCACACGCGGUGCUCGCGGUAUGUGAAGGGGGAUGAUAUAUUUGUGUGUGAUAAAUGUAAGAUUAAGAAUAAUAGGAAUGUUAGUGAGGAGACUGAGGUUGCUCAGUUGUUGGUUGAGCUUCCUACUAAGACUAUGAGAAUGGAGAAUUCUUUUGCAACUAAUGGGCCACCUCGCCGCCCUUUUAGGCUUUGGACUGAUAUACCCAUUGAGGAGAGGGUACAUGUUCAGGGGAUUCCGGGUGGUGAUCCCGGAUUGUUUAGUGGGUUGUCGUCGGUUUUUACUCCUGAGUUGUGGAAAUGUACCGGGUGUGUGCCCAAGAAGUUUAAUUUUCAGUAUAGGGAGUUUCCUUGUUGGGAUGAGAAGAAAGAGGGUGAUUCUAGGAUUGAGGAUGAAAAUGAGAAUCCUGUUGAUAAGGGGGCUGGGGUCUUGUUCUCCUUGUCGAAGGAGAGAGUUUUGGCUACUGCACCUGUUACAGCUUUCAUUGGCGUGAGAGGCAGGGGUGAGGAAGGUGGCGGUGAUAGGAAGGCGCCUUUGAAGGAGAUGAAGAAGUGGGAGAGUGAGGAAUUUGAUGCUAGACGUGUGCAGAAUGGUGCAAAGAAGGAGAGGAGCUUACUUCGACCUGUUGUAGUACAAGCCAAUAAGCGGAAGAAAGAAGAUUUGGGGCCAUCUAAAGAUCGGAACGGGAAGAAGAAAGUUAGAAUUGCUGAGAAAGAGGCAGAUGCAAGGAAGAGAGGCUCACAUUCUUCAAAAACAGACAGAGGUCCGAAGUUUGUUAAAGAUGAAAGUAAGAGUAUUAAGAACAAGAAUUUGAAGGUUUCUGUGGUUCCAGAGCAUGUACCUGAUGGUAAUCUCGCAGUAGACAAUAAUGUGGAACAGCUCAAGAACAACUUAUCUACUAUUGCUCACUCUUCGGAAGCCUUACCUUCUGACUUUCCUAGGUGUGUGUCCUCUGCUGGAGCUGGUCUCAAGGGAGAAAAAGAUAGCGAUAAAGUACCUAUUGCAGUUGAGAGUUCUCCAAAAAUUGUUGAUGGUGUUGCAUCAUUGUUAGAAAGCAAUGUGGCUGGUGUUCCCAUUAAAGACGAGGGAGCUAGUGGGUCAAAUGAUAACAUAGAAAAUAGUGCAGAAGUUUCUGCUAGAAACGAUGCGAGGCCACCUAUUGAAGAUCUGGCUACCAGCGCACCGGAAGUUAAAGACGAUCAGAUUCUUCAAGAUUUUAACAGUGACACGUCACUGAGCUCUGUUCAGCCAAAUGUUAAAGUGAAAACUGAAGAAGAUGAUGAGACUUCUAGGGGUCUUUCGAAUACACGGUCUUCUCCUCUAGGUGAUGUAAAAGAGACAGGGAUAUCUUCUGAGCAAAUGUCUGAAAAUUCUAAAAUGAAUGAUGCAGUGGUAACGAGUUCACAAUCCAGCGACCAUAAGGCACAAGAUGCUGAAAGAAGUUUAGACGGACUUAUUGAUCACCAUACAGAUAAAUUUGAUGAAUUGUCUGGUGGUCCUUGUCAGCUUAAACGAGAAUUGGUGGGCUCAGAAGGUUCUGCGUCUGCAAAAAAUAUUCCUUUGGAUGCCAAACAUGGAUUGGUGUCUGCUGAAGAGCGUCCAAGAUCUGGUGGAGCUAUCUUAAAUGCCCCAGUGCUACCCAACCAGCGUAAAAUGGUUGUAUGUGUUGGAAAAUCUUCUUCCACCUCAUCCAAACCAUCCUCUACUGACGACUCCAAACCUGUGGAUGCUCAGAAUCCCAAUCCUAUCACCAAGCAACGAGUAACGCCUGACUCCAAUCUUAGCAAUAAGAAAGAUCGUGCUUUAAGUGAUGUGGUCAAGGAUGAAGAGAAGGAUGACUUGCCUAGGAAUGCAGAAAAAGAGCGUCCAAAAUCUUCUGAAAAUUCUGCUUUAAAAGCAUCACACUCUAGCAGGGUUUCACAUGAUUCUGUUCCAAAGCAAACUGUAUCAGAUUCUAAAGAUAACUCAUCUUCUAAAGAUAAAGUGUCUUCAGCACAGAAUAUUUCUGCUGCUACAGGCCCAGGUGAGUCUGCUGUAUCGCUGCAUCAGCAGAAGUCUUUACAUGCACAAAAUAAGACUCACUCUUCAGGUCUACCUCAAAGAGGUGAGAAGUUUAACCAGGCAAAUUUCCAGCUGUCAUCUAAGAUGAAUCAAAAUCAUGGACCAUCCACGCAUCCUCCACCUUCAAAUUCUCCUGCAACCCUCAGUGAUGAAGAGCUUGCUUUACUUUUGCAUCAAGAACUCAAUAGUUCUCCUAGAGUACCUCGUGUGCCACGUAUGCGCCAUGCAGGUACCUUACCUCAGUUGUCAUCUUCAAGUGCGACAAGCAUUCUAAUAAAGCGUUCAUCUAGCUCUGGAGGAAAAGAUCAUAACUUGGUUUCUAGAAGAAAAUACAAAGACGCAUCCAAAGAUGGGUUCCGCAGUUCUCGUGAGCAUGAUGAUGAAGCUAAAAGGACAGACAGAGUGCCAUCUUCUGAUCAGAGGAGACAAGACAUGGUACACACAGCAGAUGCUUCCACCAAGAGUGAGGAAAAUGGAUCCCCAACAGUGUUCCAUUCUGUUAAGAAGAAUAUCCCUCCUGCUUCUACAGCAACUACAAACAGUGGCCCAUCUUCCUCUACCGAAGCUAAUGAACGUAAUUUGUUGUCUAUACGCAAUUCACCCAGGAAUACCUCUGAUGAUGAUACAGGAGCAGUUGGGGGUCCUGUUCAUCGCACUUUACCUGGCUUGAUCAAUGAGAUUAUGAGCAAAGGCAGGCGCAUGACUUAUGAGGAACUCUGUAAUGCAGUCCUCCCACACUGGCAUAACUUGAGGAAGCAUAAUGGAGAGCGUUAUGCAUAUUCAAGUCAUUCUCAGGCUGUUCUUGAUUGCCUGAGGAACCGUCAUGAGUGGGCUCGGUUGGUUGACCGUGGUCCCAAGACAAAUUCAAGUAGAAAAAAGCGGAAGUCUGAUGCGGACGAAUCAGAGGAUAAUGAAUAUGGCAAAAGCAGGAGAGCAAAGGAGGUAGAUGGUAAGAGCCUGGACUCACAAAGGGAAGAGUAUCCCAAGGGCAAGAGGAAAGCACGAAAACGCAGGCGAUUGGCCCUGCAGGGGAGGGGAAUAAAGGAUAUUAGAAAGACGAGGAAGGCUGAUAUGAUCUCCGAUGAGGAUGUUGGACAGUUUUCUGAUUCUAGUGAAGAGAGCACAUUCAGUGAGGAUGAGAUUCAGGGAGGUGGAUCAUGUCCAUUAGGAAGUGAGGCCUCUGCUAGUUUAGAUGAGACAGGGUAAAGGACCAUGUAAUUCUAGAUUGUAGAACAUUUAGUUUUUCAUAUGAUUUCUUCUGGAAGAGGCUAUGCAAUGAUCUGAUACGAGCAGUCCAGCAUCCUCCCAUGUACAUUUCUAGCAAGACAGUUAGUUAGUUAUGGUCUGGAAAUCCGAUUGAGGUCGCUGUAGAUUUAUGAUGAGUUCAUAUCAGGUCAUUGUGGCUAGACAGUAGGCUUAAUGUUGUUGGGCAAGGGUUGGGUGGAUACUUUCUGCCAAGCUCUGAUGUGAAUAAUGAAAUUCUAGUGUACAUAUGAAAUGUAUUUUUGUAACCAUGUGUAAGAAGCAUUUUUGUUUUGAGGCAUAGGCCAAUCAAGUAGAUUCGCAUGGAAUUUGGACAAGCA